CCAACGCUAGUUGCUCAACACUGUAAAUCAAGCUAAAAUAAAAUGCAAAAAUUGGCCGAAUUUUCGCCACAAAUAAUAGUUUUCCCUUGAGAAAUUCGCAAGCUGCGUGGCAGGACGAGCAGCUGACCAGGCCGAUCCUCUCGGGGAUUCGCAAAAGAGCAUACAGGUUUCACGGCGGACGCCCUUGCCCAGCGGAAAAAAACUGCCAACUCCCACACACAAAAAAAAGAAAGAAAGAAAAGAAAGUAAAAGGUCAAGUGGUCAUCCGAAUCCGGGGAUAAUCCCAGAAUCCCAGCCAGCAUGCAGCAGAACACGGCCAGCAAUCCGUUCGCCAUGUCCGCCUACGUGGAGCGGCCCCAGAUGGGCCUGGACGUGGAGUUCGGGGCGGAUCCCGCGAGCGGAGCAGCCUUCUUCCAGUCGGACGGACGCAAGCACGACGAUCUCAAGCAGAUGCUGGACAGCAACAAGGACGGACUGAAGCUGGAGGCCAUGAAGCGGAUCAUCGGGAUGAUAGCCCGCGGCAGGGAUGCCAGCGACCUCUUCCCGGCCGUCGUCAAGAACGUGGUGUCCAAGAAUAUCGAGGUGAAGAAGCUGGUCUAUGUCUAUCUGGUGAGAUAUGCCGAGGAGCAGCAGGAUCUGGCCCUGCUCUCCAUUUCCACCUUUCAGCGGGCCCUCAAGGAUCCGAAUCAACUGAUACGCGCCUCUGCGCUGCGCGUGCUCUCCUCGAUUCGGGUCAGCAUGAUCGUGCCCAUCGUUAUGCUGGCCAUCCGCGACAGCGCCGCCGAUCUGAGUCCCUAUGUGCGCAAGACGGCGGCCCACGCCAUCCCCAAGCUGUACUCCCUGGACGCGGAGCAGAAGGACGAGCUGGUGAUGGUCAUCGAGAAGCUGCUCUCGGAUCGCACCACUCUGGUCGUGGGUUCCGCAGUGAUGGCGUUUGAUGAGGUCUGCCCGGAACGCGUGGAUUUGAUCCACAAGAACUACCGCAAGCUGUGCAAUCUGCUCGUGGACGUGGACGAGUGGGGCCAGGUGAUCAUCAUCAACAUGCUCACCCGCUAUGCGCGCACCCAGUUCGUGGAUCCCAAUGCCGAUGAGGAGGAGCUGCUCAACGAUGGUCUGGGCGAGGCGCCCGUGAACGAACGCUUCUACGACGAAUCCUCGCACUCCUCCUCGCACAGCGACGAUGGGAGCAGCGAUGAGGAGUCGAAGCAGAAGUCUCGUGCCCAGAAUAACAACAAUAAUGGCGGCAGUUCCCCGAGCAACAGCUACCACAUCGAUGUGGAUCAUCGCCUGCUGUUGCGGCAAACGAAACCGCUGCUGCAGUCGCGAAAUGCCUCCGUGGUGAUGGCCGUGGCGCAGCUCUACCAUCAUGUGGCGCCCAAGAAUGAAGUGCAGCUGAUUGCCAAGGCGCUGAUACGAUUGCUGCGCUCGCACAAGGAGGUGCAGAGCGUGGUGCUCAACUGCAUUGCCUCGAUGUCGACCCGACGCAAGGCCAUCUUCGAGCCGCACCUCAAGUCGUUCUUCGUGCGCACCAGCGAUCCCACGCAUUUGAAGCUCCUCAAGCUGGAUAUUCUCACGAAUUUGGCGUCGGCCGGCAGCAUUUCGAUUAUCCUACGCGAAUUUCAGACCUACAUCUCCAGCAGCGACCGUUCCUUCGUGGCGGCCACCAUUCAGGCCAUCGGAAGGUGUGCGUCCAGCAUCAAGGAGGUCACCGAGACCUGUCUGAGUGGCCUGGUGCAUCUGCUGUCCAAUCACGAUGAGCACGUGGUGGCCGAGAGCGUGGUGGUGAUCAAGCGCCUGCUGCAAACGAAAGCCGCCGAGCACUUUGAGAUCAUCACCCAGAUGGCCAAGCUGAUUGACUACAUCAAUGUGCCGGCAGCCAGGGCGGCCAUCAUUUGGCUAAUAGGCGAGUACAACGAGAAGGUGCCGCUGAUUGCGCCCGAUGUGCUGCGCAAAAUGGCCAAGUCGUUUGUGGACGAGCAGGAUGUGGUCAAGCUGCAGGUCCUCAAUCUCGGUGUGAAGCUCUAUCUGACCAAUCCGGAGCAGACUUCGCUGCUUUGCCAGUACGUUUUCACGCUGGCCCGCUACGAUCCCAACUACGAUGUGCGCGAUCGCGCCCGCUUCCUGCGACAGAUCAUCUUCCCGGCCAGCGGCUCAAGUUCGGUGCUCAGUCAGCACGCCCGCCAGGUGUUCCUGGCCAGCAAGCCGGCCCCCGUGCCCGAGAGCAAGUACCGCGAGGGCAACACCUUUCAGCUGGGCUCGCUAUCGCACUACCUGAACAUGCCGGCGGCCGGCUACAAGGAGCUGCCCGCCUUUCCGGCCAUUCCGCCGGAUUCGUCGGUGCGCAACAUAGCCGGUUUCAUGCCGGACAAGCUGCCCGGCGGGGAGUCGCCCAAGGAAACCUCCGGCGGGGCUAAGGGCAAGGAGAAGGGGGCUGCCGCUGGCGGGGAGAAGGGCUUCCUCUCCGAGUCGGAGGACAAGUCGUCGGCGUACUCGGAGUCAGGGAGCAGCAGCGGCAGUGGCAGCGGCACCAGCGACAGCGAGUCGGAUAGCGACGGCAGCGGGAGCAGCGACGAGGAGGAGCAGAAGCAGCCCGCAAAGGUUUCCGCGCAGAAGGAGCAGCUCAUUGAUGCUGGAAACAAUGAAGUGGCGGUUGCAACUCCCACAAAAGCCACUACGAACAACAAUAACAAUGCGGCUGGGUUCUCUGGAACCUCGGACAGCGAGGAUUCAUCGGCCUACAGCGGCAGCAGUAGUGAAGACAGCGAUUCCGGCAGCGACAACGAAAAGCAGCCCAAGGAAACGGAAACGGAAACGAAGGAGAAGCAGGAGAAGAAGGCAGCCUCCAAAAGCAACCUGGAUUUGCUGCUCGAUCUGGAUGACAUUCCGCCCAUUGGUCCUGUGAUGACGCCCUCGCUGGGAGGCUUUCUUACGCCAGCAGGCACUCCACUGAUGGCUGGGCAGGCGCAGGCUCCUCCGCUGCAGCCGCAGCACGCCCGCAAUCGCGUGGAGCUGGUGGGUCCCUCGCACAUCGAGUUCAAGCACAAGGAGCUGCUCAACAAGGUCAGCGGUCACGGGCUGCAGCUGGCCUACCGCUUCACCCGCUCGCCGCAUCUCUACUCCUCGAGCAUGUGCUCCAUUGAGCUGCAGUUCCAGAAUCGUGGCGAAAAGGAGAUCACGGCCAUUCGCCUGGGCCCAAGCACCUUGCCAACGGGCAUGCAGCUGAAUGAGUUUGCCCCGGUCACCAUCCUCCAGCCGCAGCAAACGGCCAGCGGAGUGCUGGGCGUGGACUUCAAUGACUCCACGCACGCCGUCGACCUGGAGCUAAUCUCCAGUGCGGGCAGCUCGCGGCUGCAGCUGAAGCCGCCGGUGGGCGAGCUGGUGAGAUCCGUCCAGAUCGGCGAGAGCUGUCAUCGCGAGGAGCGCGCCAAGCUGCGCGGCAUGAACGAGCACCAGUGCGAGCUGCGCGGCCUAAGGCGCGAUUUAAUCGAUGUAUCCGCCCUGCGGCAAAAGGUCUUCGAGUCCAUCAAUGUGGCGCACACGCACAGCUCUUCCAACGGCCAGCUGCACUGCUUCGCCGGCCAGACGCUGAGCUCCAAGAGUCUCGUGCUCCUCACCCUCCACUGGCAGACGGAGGAGGCGCUCACGCUGCUGGUCAACUGCGAGAAGAUGGUCAUCGGGUCCAUGGUGCUCAACGAACUGCGCAACGCCCUGCAGCUCAGCUUCGCCAUGUAAGGAAGCGAAAGUCGGUGGGCGAAACCUACUCAACUGAGAACAAAGCAAAGCGAAGCCGCCUCACUACGUAAACCUAAGCAUUCGUAUUUAGCUAUAUACUGUAAGGGGCGGGGCGAAUCUUUAAACCGUUUCAAGCGGCAUAUGCAAG